AUGAGUGGUUCAGUGUGUGCAGGUACACACCAGCAGCAGCAGCAGCAGCAGCGGCGGUGGCGUCGGCCGCAAUGCACCCGCAACAACAACACAAUUCGGUGGUCGCACCUCAUGUCACCAUCAUCCUUGUGCCGGAGCAGCGUCUCCCCUUCCUCUCUUCAGCUGAAGGCCUACUCUCAUCUUGCCAAUGUCACCAACAUUCUGCUCCAUCGACGCAACCAAGGGCAUCCAGUGGAUGGCAACCUCUCCACACCACAACAACAACAGCAGCAGCGAGCUGACGAUGAGGAUGAUGAUGGUGGCUUGAAUGACAGCACCGUGUACUUGAGCGGGUGCCAUCACCGUCAGGCCGCUGACAUUGUCAUCACCGCUGUCAGACGGCGGUCGGUGCCAUGCACGGGCAUGGAGAUAGUGAGCCAGCUCGUGGUCUCCAGCGUGGUGGCUGGAAUGUGCACUGAGGGCUGCACUGGCACGUCGUGCACGACAGCUUCUCAUCCCACUGACAGCCACCAGCAUUGCACCUUUGCUGUGAUUGAGUGCUGCCAGCACGUGGCCCCACCUCAACCUGCCACAUCAUCAUCACCAUCCCCGACACUGCCAUCUUCAACCACAACUGCUGCUGUGUUCCGCCACCUCAUCUUCUGCCAGCGAGGUAUCACACCGCGGCCACAGCCGUCACUGCACGCUGCCGGUUUCAAGCAGCUCACUGCGUUGGAUGCUGUUGGCUCGUGGACCACCACACCGUUCGGCAGCAAGGAGGUGGCCAUCGUGUUUCUGGUUCGCACGCAUGUGCUGGCCAACGUGGCGCAGGAGCGGUUCAAAGACUACGACAACGAUUCUGUGCCGUUUAUGAAGAACAUUCUCCAGCACGCGAACGACAGGCAAUACCGCAUGCUGCGCGGCCUGAUGGGCGUGUUUGUUUGCAAGGACAUGUUUGCGCCGGAUGCACACGACCUCAUGCGCAUUAUGCUGUUGAGUCGCUGCUCGCUGUGA